CUGUUGGUUCAGGUGUACGGUGCGAACCAAGAGGUACGCGACUACAGCGGAAAGAAGGCCAGACAAUACUUGGUCUCCCAGGAGGCCGCUGUCAGUCAGGACACCUUCCGCAGGAUUACUGCUGCCGCUACGCUCAGGCAAGUUCAGAAGCACACCUCUGCUAAAGUAGUAAAGCGCUUGUGUCGCAAGAUUAAAGUAGCCGCACCUUAGAGUAACGUAUGACUGUCACUUUUGUCGACGCUGACGUGAGUAUUGCGCGGAGAAUCCGCGGGUCCACUUCGCGUUUUUAACACUCAACGCCAUCGAGAUGCCUCGACGGUCUACGACAGCAAGAAAACUCUUCGAUAUCUUUUUUUCUAUCCUUUCGUUUUAUUUAUUAUAUUCUUUCUUUUUUCUCUCUUAUUUUUUCCUCUUUUAUUUUUUCCUCUAUUUCAAUCGGUAUUCGAUAAACGGUGGACCCGUUCAUUCCCGAAAUUCCAAUGGAAUCAUGUACGUCCAGUACUCGUGACUCUUCGCUUCAGUCUUUUUUUUUCAACAAAUCGCAUACCACUGAAUAAUUUUUGUGAUAUCUUUACAUGUAUAAUUAACUGUAAACGCGUAUAAAAUCGCGAAGUGUGGCUGUUUGCGAACGCGUAAAUAUUUCGUUUAUCUCGUUUAUUUAUUGUUUGACGAUAUGUCGUGCUGCUAUUAAUUGAACGUUGCGCUUGUCAUCGAAUGCCUCGACGUAAUUAAAUCACACUUGUGUAACGAUCGAUGCGUGGUAUUCUCGUGUUGCGAUACUCUAGAGGCUUGACGCAACGCACGUGGUAUCGAGAAGGCUGAAAAUAAAACUGGUGAACAAGCAUAAAUCCUCGCCUCACGUUGUCUCCAAACGAUUUGUCUUUGAACGAAAAUUACGUUUCAACGAUCAAUCGAAGUGGCAGUAGUACCUGAAAACACUCCCAGCACCGUAGAAACGAUGUGAUUUAACCCUGUCAGCCGACGAUGCGAACAGUUCCUGAAUGCCGCGAUUUUAUCUCGUUCAUUUUACACGUUUAUGCUCUCCGGCGAUCGCGUAAGGCGGCGAGAACGACUCAGGCCUGUUCCACAUCGUCGGCUAACGACAAUCGUCAGUGUUUUCUUUGUUGUCACUGUUGAACGCGUUUGAUGGUAAAGCAUGUGUACGCGAGCAUGAGAAAAUUUGCCGAUUUCCUUCAUUCACGUCCGUUUUCCGUACGCGUUGCACCUCUAGAUCUCGACAAUCGAAUAAUCGUCAGUUUUAUUUUAACAGAGAUUCGCUUUGUUACACGUCCUAUCAUUACACGUUAAUUGUAUGCAGCGCGAGUUCACUCACCCUUUUGAUCUUCCGUUCGAUGAAACACGCGAGAAGAUCGACUACUUCCCGCCGUGGCGCCGGAAGGCGCUCGCACGACUUCGCGGCGAACAUCGACUUCACGCGCGAAUACGAAGCGACACGAGUUACUUUUUAACCAGAUUAACUCUCUCGGUUGUAUCUCCGUCCUGUUUCGAUCGCUCGUCGAGUACGAAAGACGAGUUUAAUCGUUUUACGAGCGAAUCCAUCUUCGAUGCUCGGUUGCGCGGAAGAAGUUUGUUUUUAGAUGAUCAGUGCUUAGUAGCGUCGUAGCAGGUUGUAACAGAGGCUGACUGCCUACGUAUUUCGUAUAUUUUUCUACGAUUAACGACGAAGACAAGAAUUUCAAGAGCUUGAUAUUGACUCAAACGAGUACGAUAAAUUCUCUUAUUCGUUGUCGCUGAUAAUAAUCAGCCUAUUUUACGAGCUACUUUAUCACGUUAAACGUAAUACUACGUUAGGUGGCGUUAAUUGGUUCAAGUUAUCGCAAAUCUUACGAAUACUAAAGUUUCUUUAAUUUAAGUAUUUUGAUCAACUACCACAUCGCUGGUCAUUGAUUAUUCCUAUGACAGUUGACGUAUUAAUUAGAGAAGAAAUUUCGACAGAGUAUUUUUUUAAGAAUUUUUAUAGAUUCGUCUAGAAAUUUUGAACGUUUAUAUCGAUCGAUCAACGUGGUUACCAAGCACUGAGCAUCCCUGCAGCUCUUCCAUUCGUUAUUAACCAACAUCGACAGCCAGCAAAUACAACAGAAGCUGUCGUUCUAACGUUUUCUAACCACGACGACUAAUUCCGUUCGGUCGUUUAGUGGCUUUCUGAUAAUUUUUAAUAAUCACUCCGUGUCUACUAAUCCUUGAUACUCCUCUUCUUCGACGACCGCGCGCGUCGUCGUGUCUCCACGAGACAGUCUCAAAUGAUUUUCUAUUUUAUUUCAGAAAUAAAAGCAAGGAAAAAGCAUGCAGAGAAAGAUCUUGGUUUCCUGCGUAUUGGCUCGCUGAACGUACGCGUGAAACGUACGACGGAAGCGUUCAGCCAGUUCCUGGGUGUGGCAACUAGCAGCAGCGCCAGCAGCAACCACGAGAAGAUACACAAGAGCUGGGGAUCGGCGGAUAAUGUGCAGUUGGAGCAGAAGAUGAUGCCACCGCCCAAGUACGCGCCCAUCAAGAAGAGAAGAAGCCGACGAGCGCAGGAUUUUGGAUCGUCGCGAGAUCAUCAGGCUGCUAGUCAACCAAGCACUCCACUGCUUCAGGGCAAGGCUUCUCGGUCGAGUCAAUCGAUGCAUCGUCGACCGAUCUCCACGACAGCCGUCAGUUCCGCCGCGCCCAAGACGCAGCAGAACAACGACUCGGACUCGGAUACCGCGUGUGGUUUCGACUCCGCAUGGAGAGGAUCCGCGCAACUCUAGGAGAAACAUUUCGUCGCGAAACUUUCCUUCUUUGGUAUCGCGAAAGCCCGAGGCUCUAUUGAAUCACCGUGUACCUUGCCUUCUGGUCUUUUAAAGUAACAAUUUUUAUCUAUCUAUGUCUCUCUCUUUCCCUCUCCGAUUAAUCGAUCAAAUUGUAAUUACUGAAGUCUACUAUGUUCAAAAGAAGACUGAGAACAAAUUGCUCGAGGAAAGAAUAACGAUGGUGGUAAUUGACGAGCUUAAAUAUUGGUCGAGCUUGAAGUAACUUUUUGUGGAUUGUAGAAAAAUAUGGCAGGCACAAGUUUGAAUGAUAUUCGGAGCUGCGAAAGUAUAAAAUCAAAUUAAUAUAUCAAAAUAAGAUUAAUUUGAUACGACAGGGGUUUUAAAGGAAUUAAUUUUUAAAGAUAACUCCCAUGAUGAUUUCCCGAUGAUAUUUUCUUAAGUUACAGAAACGAACUACUUUUUAACAUAAUUAUUAUCGUAGAGUUUGUAAGUGCCUUAAUUUAAUGCCUGGAAGCAAUGCUUUAGGUUUAUCGAUGCAUUCUUUGCACAAAAGCCAAAUCAGCAUGUUUCUGUCGUAAUUGUGGUAACGAGAUUACGAUUCUUUCAUACAGGGUGUAUUGCGCACAAUUUUUUGUGAAAUACUUUUAUCAAUUAAGAAUGUGAAUACAAUCGAUGUACCUAAAUCGUAGUGAAUAGAAAUUGCAAUAUCGUCUGUGUUCUCGUAUCGGUGAUGAAUAUACUAAAUAUUUGAUCAUAGAUUUUCUAAAUGAAUUGUAUAAAUACUUGUUUGGAAUAACAAUAAAUAAUAACUUGACUAAUUGUAA